AUGAAGGCGUCUCCGAUGGACGUGGACCUGGGAAUCGGGAUGACCUUGCAGCUGGUCGGGCACGUCGAGACCGUCCUGGAAGCCGGGGAGAUCCCGGGGGACGAGACCAUCCUACGGGCCGAGGUGAACCUGCGCAUUACGAUGGUCCCGGAGGCCGAGCUGACCGAGGAGGUGGAGGGGGUCCUGGAGGCCCACAUGGCCGAGGCGAUCCCGAAAGAGCGGACAGUCUUCCGGAUCCAGAUAGGAUUGGGGAGCCAGAUGGUCCUGGGCGUCACAACGGUCCUGGGCAUCGAGACCCGACGAACCGAGAUGGUUGGGGCGGCUGGCAAGGUCCCGAUGAUCCGAGUAAUCUUGGGCGUGAUCUUGGGCCGAACCUAG